AUGGACUAUUCAACAAAGUGGAGUAAUUUACCAAAAGCCCCGAGUCUAAAGAAUCUGACACAGGGAGGGUUUGGGGUCCUGAAAGAGGCUCAACAUGCGGCUGUUCAGGAUUUGACUAAAGCCCACAUCGAGUCUUUUGACCAGGCCGUCACUGACGGACUCAGCCGCGUUGUACAGGCCAUCCCUCCCCUUGAGUUCACAAUAAAAAAUGACAAGAUCAGCCUUUCCUUCGUGGAAGCCACAGUCUACAACCCAGUGGUCGCCAAAGGGAACAUCUGCAAGGAAAUGAGGGUGUUUCCUGCAGAGUGCAGGGGCAGAAGAUGCUCAUAUAAAGGAAAGCUGGUGGCAGACAUCAGCUGGUCGAUCAAUGGAGUUCCCAAAGGCAUCAUCAAACAGUCCCUGGGCCAGGUGCCAAUCAUGGUCAAGUCCAAGCUGUGUAACCUGCAUGGUAUGUCUCCUAAGGAGCUUGUCGAACACCAUGAGGAAGCAGAGGAAAUGGGAGGUUAUUUUAUUGUGAAUGGAAUUGAGAAGGUUAUCCGAAUGCUGAUCAUGCCGAGAAGGAACUAUCCCAUUGCCAUGGCAAGACCGAAGUGGAAGAGCAGGGGCCAGGGAUACACUCAGUAUGGUAUUUCUAUGCAUUGUGUAAAGGAGGAGCACACAGCCAUCAACAUGAACCUGCAUUACCUGGAAAAUGGGACUGUGAUGCUGAACUUCAUCUACCAGAAAGAGCUCUUCUUCCUCCCACUAGGCUUUGCUCUCAAGGCCUUGGUGGACUUCACAGACUUCCAGAUCUACCAGGAACUGAUCAAAGGCCGCGAGGACAAUUCCUUCUACAAGAGCUGUGUAUCCGAGAUGCUGCGCAUCGUCACGGAGGAGGGCUGCACCACCCGCAGCAAGGUGCUCAAUUACCUCGGCGAGCGCUUCAGGGUUAAAAUGAACCUCCCUGAGUGGUACACCAACGAGCAGUGUGCCAACUUCCUGCUGGACGAGUGCAUCUGUGUCCACCUGAAGUCAGACGUGGAGAAGUUCUACCUGCUGUGUCUGAUGACAAGGAAGCUUUUCACGUUUGCCAAGCAGGAGUGCAUGGAGGAGAACCCCGACAGCAUCAUGUGUCAGGAGGUGCUCACUCCCGGCCAGCUCUACCUCAUGUUUCUGAAGGAGAGACUGGCUGCCUGGCUGGUGUCUGUGAAGCUGUCCUUUGACAAGAAAGGCAGCAGACUGAGUGGAGGAUGGAGUCCUGAAAACAUGAUGAAGAUAUUUAACAUGGGCACUGAUGUGACCAAACCCUUUGAAUAUCUGCUGGCCACUGGGAACCUCAACUCCAAGACAGGUCUUGGCAUGCUGCAGAACACAGGCCUGUGUGUCGUAGCUGACAAGCUCAACUUCAUCCGCUACCUGUCCCACUUCCGCUGUGUGCACAGAGGAGCAGCGUUCGCCAAGAUGAGGACCACUUCUGUUCGUAAGCUUCUGCCAGAGUCCUGGGGCUUCCUGUGUCCUGUCCACACUCCGGACGGAGAGCCCUGUGGCCUUAUGAACCACAUGACAGCCAGCUGUGAGAUCGUGGCACCGACCUUGCCCACCACAUCCCUGCCUGCUCUGCUCUGCUCUCUCGGUGUUACUCCAGUAGAUGGAUCCCCUGGUCAAGCCUAUUCAGACUGCUACCCUGUGGUCCUGGACGGGGCCGUUGUAGGCUGGUUGGAGGCUGAAUUAGCCCCAGUUGUGGUCGACUCACUGCGAAGGUUCAAGGUGCUGAGAGAGAAGAAGAUCCCUCCCUGGACUGAGAUUGUUCUGGUUCCUAAAACAGGCAAGGCCAGCUUGUACCCAGGCCUGUUCCUCUUCACUACACCCUGUCGUAUGGUGCGGCCUGUACACAAUCUAGCUCUUGGAAAGGAAGAGUUAAUUGGGACAUUUGAACAGCUUUACAUCAAUGUGGGCAUCUUGGAGGAUGAGAUCGAGCCAGGAGUGACCACACACCAGGAGCUUUUCCCUCACACCAUGCUGAGCGUGGUGGCUAACUUCAUCCCCUACUCAGACCACAACCAGAGUCCUAGGAACAUGUACCAGUGUCAGAUGGGUAAGCAAACAAUGGGUUUCCCCCUGCACUCGUUUAUGGAUCGCUCAGAUAACAAGCUGUACCGGCUCCAGACCCCACAGAGCCCACUGGUCAGGCCCUACAUGUACGACCACUACAACCUGGACAACUACCCCAGUGGCACAAACGCCAUCGUGGCCGUCAUAUCCUACACGGGCUACGACAUGGAAGAUGCAAUGAUUGUGAACAAGUCAUCAUGGGAGAGAGGCUUUGCCCAUGGAAGUAUCUACAAGACUGAGCUGGUGGAUCUGGCAGACAAGGUGAGGGGAGAAGACAGCGUGGUGUUCGGGACCAAGUCAGGUGAGGUGAAUGGAAAACUGGACGCUGAUGGACUACCUCACAUUGGCUCAACACUUCAGUAUGGAGACCCUUUCUAUAGCUACAUCAACCUCAACACUGGCCAGACCUUCACCACCUACUACAAGAGCCAAGAGGCCUGUGUAGUCGACAACAUAAAAAUCUGCAGCAAUGACACUGGCUCAGGCCAUUUUAAACGUAUCUGCAUCACGGUACGAAUACCUCGCAACCCCACCAUUGGUGACAAGUUUGCCAGUCGCCACGGUCAGAAGGGCAUCCUGAGCCGCCUGUGGCCGGCUGAGGACAUGCCCUUCACAGAGAGCGGCAUGACUCCCGACAUCCUGUUCAACCCCCACGGCUUCCCCUCCCGCAUGACCAUCGGGAUGCUGAUUGAGAGCAUGGCCGGCAAGUCCGGCGCGCUGCACGGCCUGAGCCACGACGCCACACCCUUCACCUUCUCUGAGGAGAACUCUGCAUUGGAGUACUUCGGUGAAAUGCUCCGGGCUGGUGGCUACAACUACUACGGCACAGAGCGGCUCUACAGUGGAGUGAGCGGUCUGGAGCUAGAGGCCGACAUCUUCAUCGGAGUUGUCUACUACCAGCGGCUGCGUCACAUGGUCUCCGACAAAUUUCAGGUGAGGACCACAGGAGCACGAGACAAGGUGACCAAUCAGCCAGUGGGGGGCAGGAACAUCCAGGGGGGCAUCCGUUUUGGGGAGAUGGAGCGAGACGCCCUCCUGGCGCACGGCUCCUCCUUCCUGCUUCAUGAUCGACUCUUCAACUGCUCGGACCGAUCAGUGGCUCAGGUGUGCAUUGACUGUGGCAGCCUCCUCUCCCCUCUGUUAGAGAAACCACCACCCUACUGGUCGGCCAUGCGCCACCGCAAGACUGUGUGCACCCUGUGCGGCAAGAGUGACUCUAUUGACUCAGUGUCUGUUCCUUAUGUCUUCCGCUAUUUUAUAGCCGAGCUCGCAGCAAUGAACAUCAAAGUCAAAUUAGAUGUGAAGUGAAUUUUGCUGGAGGAUACAUGCCUUAAAUAUGACAAAGUACAAAUCAGAAGAAUGAGUCUCAGUAAAGCUGCGUGAAUUAACUGUGCAACAGAAGACAAAUGCACUGUACAGCCAUGAUGUAAGUAACUGCUUUGUCCAAAGUGUUUUAUUAGCCAAGACUGAGAGAAAAUGACCACAUUAGCAGCAUAUGAUGGAAUGAAUGUAGUGACAUGUUCUGUUGAGGUGUGUAAAAGUAACCCAAAGGGCUUUUGUACAGUCAUUCUGAGUGUUGAAUAAAAAUGAUGUGCUGUACCA